AUGGGAUAUCUACUGCAUAUACCGCACAAUUAUCCUGUAUAUAUCCUCCUGCAUACCACCCGCUCUCACCUCAAAACUUUUCGGCAACACUUCUCCAUAAUGAGCAAAUUUUUGACAUUCACAGCCGUGGCCGCCACCGCGGUUGCUGCAUACGCGGUAUACUUCGACUAUAACCGUAGAAACUCCAAGGAAUUCAGAAAGUCCCUCAAAAAGAAAUCCGUAAAACAGGCAAAGCAAGCUAAGAAGGUGGAAGAAGAGUCCAAGAAAUCCAAACUCGAUUCCAUCAAAAAAGCUUUAGCCGAGGAGCUCGAGAAGAAUCCAAUCCCCACCGAACUCAGUGAAAAGGAGAACUUUUUUAUGCAACAGGUGGCGUUGGGUGAACAAUUGCUGUCUUUGCCCGGUCAGAAAAUGGAUGCUGCGUUGUGUUUCUACAAAGCUUUGGCAGUGUAUCCCAACCCUACUGAUAUCUUGGGUAUCUACCAGCGGUCUGUGCCCGAAGAAGUGUACGAAAUUGUGGUAAUGAUGAUUGCCGUGCAACCGCCAGCGGCAGUUACCAGUAUUCUUGGAUCCAACAAAGAGCCAGAAAUCAAACCAUCGGAGGCUGAUCUUGAUUAA